UCUCUGUGUGCAGCAGAUGAUGAGGAGGAAGUCUGUCGGAGCCGCAAAGUACGCUCGAUGUUCAGACCUGUUGAUCUCCGGUUUUCCAACCACAGUGUUCAGCAGCCAUGAGGUGAAGGAGAAACACUCGUCAGAGAUUCCUAGCAGCGGAAAAAGCUGUCAGUGAUGUCCAGAUCUUAGACACAGACUGGACCUCCCUCCCAUCAUGGACUCCAAGAAGCCGGGCGUGCUGCGGCAUCUCCGGCAGAAGAUGCUGCCACACCUCCGGCGAGGCAAGACAAGUUCAAGCAAGCAGGCCUUCCAGCCUGAUCACACAAGGGACUAUCGAAUGAGCUCCUCUGUUCCCGACAUGAGGAACAUAAGGGAGAUGAGGGACACGAGACAGGAGUACGCUCGUGUUCCCUCCACCACGCAGCUGCAGCAGUGUCACACUUCCAGCUUCAGCAACCCCACCACACCGCUUGUCAAGCCGGCUAAACACCUGGUAAGAGGUGGGAGUGGCCUGAACAUGGGAGUAGCUGGUGAAGAAAAUGGGAGGAGUGAACACAGACUGAAAGUGCCUGCAGACUGCACAGACUGGGCUUCCUCCCAGGAGUCUUUCAGCAGUCUCUGUGGAGAGGAGAAGAGCUCUGUAGAUCCGUACAACAGACCUGUUCAAGGCAUGGAGGCCGAAGAGCUGGCCCUGCCAGAGAUGAUGACAAUCUACAGCGCAGACAACCCUUCUGUGGAGGUUCCACAGGACAGCUCACAGUAUGAUAAUCAUGAUUUCAACGGUCACAUGCUAGAGGACGAGGACAACCAAAAUAGUGAGAUGGGCAACGAGACGGUGAAUGUGUCGGAGAACGUCAGAGAUCCUCCCAGGUCCUUCCUGCUCACCAUCAACCUGAAAGAAGGACACAACCUGGUCAUCAGAGACCGCUGUGGUACCAGUGACCCAUACAUAAAAUUCAAACUGGAUGGAAAAACGUUCUACAAAAGCAAAGUGGUUUAUAAAAACCUCAACCCUAUAUGGAAUGAGUCCUUCUCUUUACCUGUGAAGGAUCUGAAUCAGAGACUUUACAUCAAGGUAUAUGAUCGUGAUCUGACCACUGAUGACUUCAUGGGCUCUGCCAGUGUCCUCCUGACUAAUCUGGAGUUUGACAAGGUCAAUGAGCUGUCUUUGCCCUUGGAUGACCCAAACAGCCUCGAGGAGGACAUGGGCUUCGUGCUGGUGGACAUGAGUCUGUCACUCAGAGAUGGAGAGAGUAAAAGAAGCAAUAAGUGGCACCAAAAACGAAAACUAAGUACUAGGACAGGAGGGCCUCAAAGUGUUCGACUGGCAGAAUCCCUGAGGAAGAGUCAGCUGUGGACUUCUGUUGUGUCAGUGACUCUGGUUGAGGGUCAGGAGCUGCCGCUGGACACACAGGGAGGUCAGUUCUUCGUUCGCUUCGGACUGGGAGAGCAACGAUACAAAAGCAAGAAUCAGUGCAAAGUUUCCAACCCUCAGUGGAAAGAGAGGUUCACUUUUAACCAGUUUGUGGACGGUCCACAAAUCCUGGAGGUGGAGCUUUGGUCAAAGGAAGGACGAAGGAAUGAGGACUGCUUGGGAAUGUGUGAAGUAGACCUGUCCAGGGUUCCCUUCGAUCAGAGGCAGCUGUUCACACACACACUGGACCAGGGGAGAGGACGCUUGGUCUUCCUACUCACACUGAACACAUGCAGCGGCGUCUCCAUCUCCGACCUCUGCUCUGCACCACUUGAUGAACCAAAUGAACGACAGAUCCAGCAGGACAACUAUAAUGUUAAAAGAACCCUGAAUAACCUCCGAGAUGUUGGUUUCCUUCAAGUCAAAGUUAUCAAAGCUGCAGAUCUAAUAGCUGCUGAUUUAAAUGGCAAAAGUGACCCUUUCUGCGUGUUGGAAGUAGGGAAUGACAGACUACAGACCCACACAGUCUAUAAGAGCCUCUAUCCAGAGUGGAAUAAAGUCUUCACUUUUCCUGUCAAAGACAUUCAUGAUGUUCUGGUGGUGACUAUCUUUGAUGAGGAUGGAGACAAGGCGCCAGACUUCCUGGGAAAAGUUGCCAUUCCCCUGCUUUCUAUCCGCAGGGGACAACAGAUCGCCUUCCCGCUGAAGAAAGUAGACUUAGGUGGGCUGUCGAAGGGGAGCAUCACUCUGGAGCUGGAGGUUAUUUUUAACCCUGUCAGAGCAAGUAUAAGAACCUUCCAGCCAAGGGAGAGAAUGUUCAUGGAGGAUAAUCCCAAAUUUUCCAAAAAGGCUCUGUCCAGGAACGUGCAACGUGUUCACACACUGUACAGGGCGAUCACGUCCACUCUGCAGUACAUCAAAAGCUGCUUCCAGUGGGAGAGUAUUCAGAGGAGCCUGCUAGCCUUCUUGAUAUUUGUGGUAACCGUGUGGUACUGGGAAUUUUACAUGCUGCCCUUCUUCCUGGUUCUGCUCAUCUCAUGGAACUACCUCCAGAUCCGCUCUGGGCAUGUCAGUCAGGAUGUGGACAGCAUGGAUUUGGCAGAUGAGGAGGACGAUGAGAAGGAGUCGGAGAGGAGAGGGCUGAUCGAGAAAUUCCACGGGUCCAAGAAACCUCAUCACCCUUCAAAACUUGCUGGAUGAGAUUGCGU